AAUGGGACCAAACCAAACCAAAGGCACAGACACGCAAAGCACAAGCAAUGGAGUUAUGAGCAUUGAGUAAAGGCAGAAGCAGAAGCAGAAGCAAACCCCACUUCUUGAUGGCAAAAAUCAUUGGCAAUGGCAGAAGAAGAACAACAACUCAAGUAUGCCAAAAAAUGGUUCAAGUCAACGUUCAAUGUAACAUGUUCCAUAGGGUCUCCUUUGCUGGCCGUUUCUUUCAUUUCAUUUGGGAUAAGAUCCUUUUUUGCUCUCUUGGAAGGUCCUCAACUGCUCCUUACUUAAGACUUCCCCUCCGUGACCCUCCGCCGCCGGCCACCGUCCACGGUGGCUCCAUGCAUGCACACCCCACCACCCCAUAUGACACUGACUCUGACUUGGUGAACCUCAAGAUUAGCUUGCUUGGUGAUUGCGAUAUUGGAAAGACUAGUUUUGUGAUCAAGUAUGUAGGGGAUGAGCAAGAAAAAAGGAGCUUGCAGAUGAAGGGACUUAAUCUAAUGGACAAAACUUUGUUUGUUCAAGGAGCUAGAAUUUCAUUUAGUAUAUGGGAUGUUGCAGGUGACACAGGGUCCCUCCAUCAAAUUCCCAUGGCUUGUAAAGAUGCAGCUGCAAUUUUGAUUAUGUUUGAUCUAACAAGUCGUCGUACCCUGAAUAGUGUUGUUGGAUGGUAUAGUGAAGCAAGAAAGUGGAAUCAGAGUGCAAUUCCAAUUUUAAUAGGAACCAAAUUUGAUGAUUUUGUUAGACUUCCCCCUGAUUUGCAAUGGACAAUUGUGACACAGGCAAGGGCUUAUGCAAGGGCAAUGAAAGCUACCCUUUUCUUCUCAAGUGCAACCCACAAUAUAAAUGUGAACAAAAUUUUCAAGUUUAUCAUGGCCAAGCUGUUUAACUUACCAUGGACAGUGGAACGAAAUCUGACUCUAGGAGAGCCCAUAAUUGACUUCUGAAUUGUAUUUUACUCUGAUUCAUAUGUAAAUAGCAGGACUAAAAGAAAAAAGGAAUGAAAAAGAAUCAAGAAAAUCCAAUCACAUUGGUACCUAAUUUACAUAUCUUCCUUAGGCCAUUUUAACUACACCAUGUAAAGGUGAGAAGGGUUAACUCAGUUUUUCUCUCACUGUUAUCACUCCAACCUUUCCUACUGUGUCUGAGGCCAAAAGACAUAGGCAUUCAGGUUUUCACAUUUGUAGCGCAUGUAUAACGGAGAAAUGUUAGCAAGACACUUGUUAAGUGAAAUAUAUUAGUGGAUCUCAUAAAUGUAGGUUCUAUGCAAUAACAAAUAUUAUUACAGAAAAUGUGAUAAAGAAUGUGUUGAUAGCAUUUCUCAUGUAUCAUAUCCAUUGCCUCAAAUGUCUUAGCACUAUCCUUAAUGUAAGGAAUAAAAAUGAUCUUUCCUAAUAUGAACUAACUUGAACUUGUAAUGAUUCUACUUGAUUGCAUUCAAUUCUGACAUACAAUUAGGUGAGUUGUGAACUGUGAUACAUGUGAUGUUAAUAUGAACUGUUUCUUAAUUGUUGGUCUGCUAGAUAUAUAACGUAGAUGUGUAUCGAUUGCUACCUUUAAUUCCCUUGAAACAUUUGUUUUGUAUAAUUUGAUUUUUGAAUGUGUUUGCUUGCUCACGUUAAGUCUUUUUUUUUUUUUUUAAUAAUUGGUUCCCGAAAAGUGUUAGCAUAUAUAAUUUAGUUCUCAAAUACGUUGAUUUUGCAUAUAUUUUGUUCCUAUUUUUUUUAUUAUUUUUUUUUGUUAAGGAAGAAUCAAGAUGUGAGUAAAUUAUUACAUUGGGACUAAAUUGUACAAAAUAAAAUGUUUAGGGACCAAAAAUAAAUAAAAAUGUCACUUUCAAGAAUCAAUUUAAUAUAUGGCUCUACAUAGUCACUCUUAUUAAAAUUAAACAAUUAAAGAAUACAAAAUUAUUAAACGGCUAAAGGAACUAAAUCUAAAAGAAGUUUUUUCUUUAAAAUUGAUCAUAAAUGGAUUUAAAUAUUAGAAUUAACGUGGUAAAAUACUUGUUGAAGUGUGUUCUAAGCAUACUCUCUUAAAGUCAAUAAAACCAAUUUUCCAAUGAAGCCAAUAUCCAUAAAAGCACAUUUUAGUAUGUUAUGAGCAUACUUUUUUAAGGUUUCAUAUUUAAUGUA